UAACUCUGUGCCAGAGUCCAGUCAGGUUAGAGUCUCUUGAGCCAUUCAGAUAGUCCAAGGAUUGUUGCUGUCUGCGGGUUUCUGUUACUUUCUCUAUGGCUGCUGCUGAAACGGACUCGAAAAUUACUUUCUCUCUAGACCUCUACCAUGUCUCUGAAGAGCUCGGCUUCAUCCUCCCUGAACCACUGAAAGAGCUUCCACCUUACUACCAGCCAUGGAUGGAUAUUGCCCUGCGAGUCCCAGAGCUUGUGCACUCUCAUGAGUUGCGCUCCCAUAUUAACAAGAUGCCGCUGUUGAGCAGCAAGUUUCUGCAGAAACACCGUGAGUUACGGUUGGCCCACCUGGCCCUUGGCGUGAUGACCAUGGGCUAUGUCUGGCAGGAGGGAGAGAAUGACACAGCUGAGAUACUGCCAUGUAAUCUGGCUGUUCCAUACUGGGAGGUGUCACAGCGUUUAGGACUUCCCCCAAUUUUUACCCAUGCUGAUGGGGUAUUGGCUAACUGGAGGAAGAAGGACCCUGAGGGACCUUUUGAUAUGGAGAACCUGGAGCUGCUGUUCAGCCUCCCAGGUGGAGACAGUGUCCGAGGUUUCUUCAUGGUCACUCUGCUGGUGGAGCUGGCUGCAGUUCCUGCACUGAGGAGCAUUCCCAAUGUGAUCAAUGGUGUCAGGUGUGGUGACACUGAGGCUGUGGCCAGAGCCUUAGAGGACAUCAGCCAGUCUAUACAAGACAUGACAGAUGCACUCAAAUUGAUGCAUGUGUACGUGAAGCCCUCCAUCUUCUAUGGCAUCAUGAGGAUCUACCUGUCUGGGUGGAAAGACAACCCCAGUAUGCCAAAGGGGUUGGUUUAUGAAGGGGUCCAGACAGAAGCGAUGGAGUACUCAGGAGGAAGUGCUGCACAGAGCAGCCUGCUGCACUGUUUUGAUGAACUUUUGGGAAUCAAACAUGGAGAAAACAGUGGUGCCUUUCUAACCCGCAUGAGGGACUACAUGCCACCUACUCACAAGCAGUUCAUCCAAGACAUCUCGUUGCAACCAUCCCUGAAGAGUUUUGUCCAGCAGCAAGCCAGCGAGCGGCUAAACCAGGCCUUUCAUCUCUGUGUCACAAAACUGUUGUCUUUGCGCAGCUACCACAUCAGUGUCGUCAGCCGCUUCAUCACCGUGCCCGCUGCCCGUGCCCGACAACUCCGCAACCAGAGCCAGGACUUUGAGAAGGAGGUGAUCAGCAGAGCACCCACAGCACUGGAGGAGAGGGGCACCGGUGGCUCUGGUAUCAUGACCUUCCUUAAAACAGUGAGGGACCAAACAAAAGACGCCUUCCUGCCAGAGACAAUGUGAUGAUGUGAACUGUCAUCACUGAGGAUAAACAACAGAGUGUCAACUACAGCACAUAAAACAGGCAAUAAAUCAACUCUGAUUACUUAGCACACUGUUUUAUAUGUCAUUAAAAGGAUGGCCUUUGGCAGAAUGAGA